AUGAAAUUUGGGCGCAAUUUGACCCAAUUCACUGUUCCUGAAUGGAGCGCCUCUUACAUCAAGUACAAAGCAUUGAAGAAGCUCAUCAAGUCAGCGACCGAGCAGGUUAAGGCGGGACAAGAGGCGGAUUUGGCUGGUUUCUUCUACAAUCUCGAUCGAAAUGUUGAGGAUGUCGAUUACUUCUACAACAAGAAGUAUGCCGACUAUGCGCGCCGACUGAAAUUGUUGGAGGAUCGAUAUGGCUAUUCCAUGGAGGGUGUUCAUCCUUUGGAGCCGGAGGACCGACAUGAUCUCCGCGAAGCCCUACUAGACCUGCGCUACCACCUUCGCCGCUUACAAUGGUAUGGGGAAGUCAAUCGUCGUGGAUUCGUGAAGAUUACCAAGAAGUUGGACAAGAAGCUCGGCGCUCAGGCUCAGAAGAGCUACCUAGAGACGAAGGUUGAUCCGGCUCCGUUCGCUUCUAAUGCGCGGGCCAUCAAGUCCCAGGAACGCAUCAAUGCCUGGAUGGCUGUGAUUACGGAUCAGUCUAAGGCGGAGGAGAAGCUGGCGGAUGAUGCUAGCUCGACCCACUCUGGUCUUUCACUGAAACGGGGUGCUGCGAGACCUUUCCUCAAUCUUCCUCGUAGUGUUUUGACAGAUGUGGAUGAUGCCUUGAGAAAGGAUGAUGUCCAUGUUUUGUUGGAAUUGCUUGAGGUUCUGAAAAAUGCCUCCGAUGAGGCGGGCGAGGGUAUCUUCCCCAGGGUGUUGAAAACCCUUAUCCAGCGCGCUAUUUUGCAUCGUUCGCGUUCUUGCUUGACAGAGCUUAUUAAACGUGUCGAUACCCUUGAAGAAGACGAUGAUAUCAAUCGGCGUAACUGCCUUCAUCGUCUGGUUAUUUCUAUUGGACGUGAACUGCCAACUACUGAUUCCGAAGCAGCUGCGUCAAUGGUGCUGGACUUUCCCUUGGAAACUUCUCGCUUUAUUACACCGGCUGCACCUCCGACUCUGCAGCCCCCGCGCUCGGUGGUGAAGGAGGAGCACAUGCCUCAGCAGCUUGGUCGUGAAGAUCCAACUGUAGUGGUUCUGCAGCACUUGCUUGAUGAGCUUCGCCCGAAUCAACGGGAGGCUUUGAUGGCCAAGGAUCUCUCCGGUCGCACUCCAUUGCAUUAUGCGGCUCAGUAUGGCUUCAAGGUUGUCUGCGAAGUGAUUAUUGAGCAUCUCAAAGCCUGGGAAAUGUUCGAUAUGAGCGAGGGAAUUGACGGCACACUGUGGCAAGACAAUGAUGGCUGGGCUCCUUUGCAUCUCAGUGUGGUCGGUGGUCAUCCAAAGACUACACGGUGCCUUUUAGAAUCCGAAAGUGACCAAGAUCCUUCCACCGAAAAGGAAAAUCAGAUCCGCAGGCAAAUUCACAAAUCCAGCGCCGUUCUGGCUCUGGCAACCAAGGCUAAUUUCGUGGAUAUUGUCCACCUUCUGGUCGACGCUGGUGUUGACAUCAAUUACCAAGAUGAGCAGGGUGAAACUGCCUUGCACGUUGCAGCUCGAUUUGGACAUGAUGAGUGUGCUCAGAUUCUUCUUGACGGUACCGGUUAUCAAAAGGCCAACACAGAGCUGGCGGAAAACACCUAUGCCUGGACCCCGCUCUUCAUCGCAUGUGUGGAUGGUAACUUGAACGUGGCCAAGCUAUUGGUUGAUGCUGGUGCUGAUUUGGAACGAUUCGAUUCGUCUGGUUGGACCGCUAAGGAGCACGCCGCGUUGCGUGGCCAUCUUGAUAUCGCACGGUGUCUGGCCGAGGUAAACCCUGGUCCUCCUGCGGUUGAGCCUUCACUGUCAGUUUCAUCCCAUAGCCCUCCUCCGUCUUCGUCGCCACCUGCCCAGUCCUCCAUGGCCGACCGGCGAUCAAAUGUCUCUGGACCUACCUCGGGAGGCAACGGAAUGCGGAAUACUACUGAACCUAUCAAGACCUUUGGACACCGAUAUCUCACCGACGAGUCCAUGAUCCUGGUUAGUCUUGGAACCAUGGAUAUGCGCAGGCCCCUGGAGACCGUCAACCUGGACCGCAUUCCCAUGGAGGACGCCCAUGCCACUCAACUGGACACUGCCUUGUCUUUGGUCGUUACUGCCAGCAGCGCCCAUGGAGAGCCGGAGGUGAUCGAUUUGCCGGUCCAGGAUAACAUUUCAACCGAGCCAAUCGUUUUUCACUCUAGUGAUCCCAGCAAGGUCCGUUUGCUUUUCGACCUUGUGCCUACCUAUGCGGGCUCAAAGGAUCAAAUUGUUGGUCGCGGUGUUGCACUUCUUUCUAGCAUCAAGCAGACCGUUGGUUCGCAGCGAAUCAACCUGAAGGGAGACUCCACCGUUCCUAUCGUUGCCGCUAACACUCUAGAUGUUAUUGGAUCCGUCACCUUUAACUUCCUGGUGAUCACUCCUUUCAAACACCCCAACAUGUCCAUUACCGGCAAUCAGACUUACUGGCGCUCCAUGAGCUCUACCAUGGUCAUUGGCCACCGUGGCCUAGGAAAGAACAUGGCUAGCCGAAACUCCCUUCAACUGGGUGAGAACACCAUUCAAUCAUUCAUUGCUGCGGCCAAUCUGGGCGCCUCCUACGUCGAAUUCGACGUGCAGCUUACAAAGGACCACGUACCUGUCAUUUACCACGAUUUCCUCGUCAGCGAGACGGGCAUCGAUGCCCCUGUACACACCCUCACACUCGACCAGUUCCUAGAACUCGGCAAAGGUCGACACCGCAGUGUCUUGCCAUAUGCCGUCGACUUCCAGGGCGACGCAGGACUCCCACCCCGUCAGCGCUCAAUGUCCGUCGGCGGCUCCGAGUACGAUCCAGCCGAGUUAACCGAGAAGAUCAAACACACGCGUGAUUUCAAGAAGAAGGGAUUCAAGGGUAACACCCGCGGCGAACAUAUCCAAGCUCCCUUCGCCACAUUGGAGGAACUGUUUAAGAAAAUCCCCACACCUGUCGGGUUCAAUAUCGAACUGAAAUAUCCCAUGCUCCACGAGAGCGAGGAGGAAGAAAUGGAUACAUACGCCGUUGAACUGAACUCCUUCGUCGACACCAUCCUGACAAAGGUCUAUGACUUGGGCGAUGGUCGUGAUAUGUUGUUCUCCAGCUUCAACCCCGAUAUCUGUCUCCUUCUAUCCUUCAAGCAACCCUCUAUCCCCGUGCUCUUCCUUACUGAUGCCGGUGCUUCACCUGUCGGUGACAUCAGAGCAAGCAGUCUCCAGGAGGCUGUUCGUUUCGCUUCCCGCUGGAACCUCCUCGGUAUCGUCAGCCAGGCUGAACCUCUUGUUCUAUGCCCUCGCCUUGUUCGCAUUGUCAAGGAAUCAGGCCUCGUCUGCGUCUCUUACGGUGCACUGAACAACGAUGGUGUCAGCGUCGACUACCAAGUUGCCGAAGGCAUUGACGCAGUUAUCGUCGACUCCGUCCUCGGAAUCACCAACGGGCUCAUCCAGCGCCAGAACAAGGGUGAGCAGACACCGGGUUCUUCACCAAACCCCGCUCCUGUCGGCGAUCAAAGUGCCAUCCGAGUUCCUAUCCUGGAGAGUAAGCGUGGAAACUCUGGUUUGAAUGGUCAUCCUGCUACUAUUAUUGAAUAG